AUGUGUCCUAGUCACCACCAUUCAGUAAGAAUUGGGGAAGUUUUAAUUACAGACGGCUUGUCGCCCAAUGAAAUCCUUUCAAACGGGACGACGAAAGAACAACAAGCAGUACAACAGUACAAUAGUAAUAAUAGUAAUAGCGCUAACGUUAAUAACAAAAAUCAAUGCGAGUGUAACAAUUCUAAUGAUAGUAAUAAGAAAUUGCUAUAUCAUAAAUUCAAUGAUAAUGAUGAAAUCGAUGAUGAUAAUAUAAACGUGUUACCGUCACAAGGUACUUGUGAUUCAUUGAAUUCAAUAGUUCUAGAGGAAGGCGUGCAGAAGAAACGGAAUGGCGAGGAUAACACCUCGAUAUCGAUGUCACAUUCGCCAUCCGUUUCGGUGUCCGUGUCAUCAUCAACGAUAAAUUCAUGUUCAGGCUGUGGCAGACUUCCAACAACCACUUCACCUUCGCCAUCUGACCAAGAGUUUAAUCUUGAUGCAUCCAUAAAGAGAUCUAUGUACCGAACUAAAGAUAGUUACAGUAGCACCAAUAAUAGCAGUAGUAAUAAUAGUUUCAAUAGUACUAAGAGUAGCGUUUCAGCCGUUGUAAAUAAUAAUGUAGACGAUUCACUAACAAUAAUAAGCAACAAUCGUGAUGCAAGUAUUAAGUUAGACGAACUAAGUCAAAGAAGCUAUUCAAUAUCGACUAGUGAUAACGGUGUUUUGGAUGAUGAUCUUGAAGUUGAGAAUCCUACAAACAACCCUGAGGUAGCUCACGUUGUGGAGCAUGAAAUAUGUGAUGAACGUAGAUCAAAGAGUUCUUUAGCGAAAAGGCGACGUAGAGCGGGCAAUCAUAAUGAACGCAGCGAUAGUAGAAGAUACGCGAGAAGCAGUAGUAGUAGUAGCAGCAGUAGUGGUAAUACAUUGCAUAGUAACCAUAGCCAUAAGAGUGAUACUCAUCGGGAAGUUCACCCCUGUAGCGAGGAUCGUAGCCAUCUAGGUGGAAGCCAAAUUCCACUUUACAGUGAAUGUAAUUGUAGUCAUUAUCAUAGUAAUCAUCAAAAAGAUCAUUCAGACACGCCUGAAUCUGCAUUAAUUCCACGACCGCAAACUAGCGGUUGCCAAUGUAGCUAUUAUUCAGCAACGUGUUCCACUAAACCAUCAUCGUGUAGUUGCUGCUCAACGUGUCAUUGUUCAGACAAUCGCUGUUGUGGAUGUGGCUGUGAUAAAUCUAUUCAUCAUAAAAUCCACCCGGAUUCAGAGUGCAGUGCAUCAUCAGUCGACUUCGGUGAUGACGACGAUGUCGAUGACGAAGGACCAAAACAAUCAUUGUCUCAUAACACUUCCUCCUCUUCAACUUCCAUAGCGUCAUCAGCGCCACUUUCAGUUGCUUCCAAUUUAUCAUCAAUCUCAUCCAUUCAUUCAUCAUCACGGCCACAAAACGAAACACACCUUAGUAAUGAUAGCAAAUACAAACACAAGAAUCAUAUCAAAACCAUCUUAUGA